GCAUCGACUGCUUUAGUCUGAAUAAUUUUUCUACGUCAUCCGCAGCCGGCAUUGUUUCGGGAAGAACGCUGGCUGUUGUCACCCACUAUAACGUCAACACGUGCAAUUUUUAUGAAACAACCGGAUAAAAAUGCUUAUUUGUACGCGUGUGCCUUUGCAUUCGGUGAUUUGGCAAGUUUAAACCGACUUAAUUGUCUUCCAAGUUACACAAUAAAGACGAAAAGCCCAACAAUGUCCGUUGUCGCCGUGUUGCGUUCAAUGACAUUUCGUUCACGUUUUAGGCGGAUUUGCUCUUUUCGCCGCUUUCUUCCAUCCGUCCUGCGCCAUCAUUCCACGUACACACCAGUGGCUCACCUCAGUCCUGGUAUUGAGAGAUACAAGGACUUGCAAGCUUCUUUUAAGAGACACCUGAAGGCAUCAUACAACAGUUUCUCAAACACACCUGACUACUCAGAGGUGUAUGGACGCCAUCAUGUUUACUUCAUUGAAGGAAACUGCAUCUACAGAAUGGAUAAAAAGAAACAAGGUGAGUCAAAACCAGAGCAGGUUGUUCACCUGGGACAGAUCCCUGUUGGUGAGGAAGACGAUGAGGAGACAAGACCUGAAGAGUGGACGGUGCAGAGAUUGCGUCUGUCCCCUCAGGAGAAGCAUCUUGCCGUCACAGUAAAGGCACAACACAAGCAAGCUUUAAGGUCCACAGAAGAGAAUAUAUCACACGUGAGUUAUUUUGCACUGAAAUUAUGUUUUUUGACGAUGUCACUCAGGUGUGUGCUGGUGAAGCUCGGACUGAAAAGAUCUCGUGUUCUCCUCACACUGGACCACGUCUUCAGCUUCGAGUGGGCCACAGAUGAGGUUUUGUUCUACACAAGCCAAGAGGGUCUGCGGUGCCACAGAGUCCACCGUCUGGACUUGACGCCGCACGGGAGCAACGUACGAUCCGUCUACCAGGAAUCCCAACCUGAUGUGUUUGUGGAGGUGGUCCUCUCCAGAAACCGACAGCUGCUCACCAUCAACAGCAGCAGCAGGACCAGCUCAGAGGUUCUGAUGGUCAAUGUCUCCGAUCCCGGUCUAGAACCCGUCAUGGUUCAGCCGCGCCAGCCGGGGCUGUUGUACCACCUGGAGCACUGGAGGCGGAGCUUGAUCGUACUCGCCAACACGGGGCCUGGCCAGGAAUAUCAGGUGGUGAAAGCCCCCCUCUCUGAGCCCUCCAUGUUGUCCUGGCACACAGUCUUCACGCCCCGUGCUGGCACCGUGCUCAAAGACAUGGACGUCGUGGAGGACCACUGUGUCCUGCUCGCGAAGACGGCGGCCAAUGAGCUGGAGCUGAUUGUGGUCCCACUGAUCCAACCCAGCCAAGCGUACACUUUGCAGCUCCCCUCCUGGGCCUGCAGCGUUGAAAGCAAGCGUCCAGGCCUUGCGGACCAACAUGUGUUGGAGUUCCUCAUCUCCUCCCCAGGCCACCCCCCCGUGUCAUACUUCCUGUACCCAGAGAAAGGGCUCCUUUUACCGGCCUCAGGUGGCUCUCCCAAGAACCAGGGGAGCGCGAUCAGCACCACACGCUUGCAGGCCUGCAGCCAAGAUGGGACUCUGGUGCCGCUGACACUCCUGCACGGAGCAAAGUGCAGCAAAGAGACACCUGUGCUGGUGCACGUCUACGGAGCUUACGGCAGGGACGUCAACAUGGACUUCUGCCUGGAGAAAAGGCUUCUGCUGGAGCGCGGCUGGGCUCUAGCCUACUGUCAUAUCAGAGGGGGUGGAGAGCUCGGAUUGUCCUGGCAAAGAGGAGCUCACGUGGAGGGGAAGGUCAAAGGCGUGGAGGACCUACAAGCCUGCCUCCAUCACCUCUUCUCCUCAGGGGUCUCCAGCCCCUCGCUGACCGCCCUCACGGCCUGCAGCGCCGGCGCCGUGCCGGUGGGGGCUCUGUGCAACAGGCAGCCAGACAUGAUGCAGGCGGUCGUACUGCAGAGUCCUUUUCUGGACGUGCUCGGAGCGAUGGAGGAUGCCCAGCUGCCUCUCACCGUGGAGGACAGGGAAGAGUGGGGGGACCCCGUCGGUAACCCAAAACACAGACUCGCCAUCGCCUCCUAUUGCCCAGUUCACAACAUUACACCUCAGCGCUACCCGUCCAUGCUGCUGACGGCCUACAGCGCGGACAGCAGGGUGCCUCUGGCCGGUGUCCUGAAGUACGUCGAGAAGCUGAAGGAAGCGGCGGCGAAAAUAGAACAUGAACCAAACAUUGUUGUGAAUAUCAAACAUGGAGGAGAUCACCUGGAAGCAGAAGACUGGGACUUGAUGCUGGAGGAGGAAGCCUUCACGCUAGCGUUUCUCUACAAGGAGCUGGGCCUGGAUCCUCCUCCCCCAUCUUCACGACGCAGGAGGACCAGAUAAAACUGUGGAUGUGAAGAACUGGAAAGUUUGCACUUUAGUGAAAGAUGGAAGAAGGGAAGUCAUUGCAGUGAUGCUUUCUUAUUGAGUCAGACAUGAAACAAUAACAUUAGAAGAUGGUGUUAGCAGGUAUAGAGAAUGUCCAUGACACUUAAAUAACAGGCCUUCUCAGACACGUAACACUGGUCGGGAUGGUUGGUGUUAAACCGAGCGUGGGCCGAGAACCGCAUCAGCAAACCCUCUCCAGCCUGGGUCCGGAUCUGAGAUUUGUGCACCGCUUUGUGGUCGUUGGCCACCUCGGUGCUAAUCAAAACCUCCAGCUGCUCGGGCAGCUCGCCGACAGCGGAGAGAUCCGUGACGGCCGACUCCCUGCCGAAAUUGAGCACCAGGAGGAAGGCAAGGUCCAGCCCGUCCAGUUCUCGGAUGUAGGAGAAGACGUGGUGGUCCGCGUGGACGUAGCAGAACCAGCCUCGUUGAAGAGCCAUCUCCGACUGACGCAGCGUGUUGAGGAGUCGGUACCGGAACAGGAGCGAGCCCUCGUCUUGCUUCUGGUCCUGAGUGAGGACACAUGGAAACACUCAACGCACCGUUAGGAAUGAAGAAAUAAGAAAGUGAUGUGUUGUAUGUAUACCUCCACAUUGACGUUGCUGUAGUCGGGGUGCACGGGCAACCAGGUGGUGUUGGUUCUGUUGGUGAAGCCUGCGUUGGAUGCAGAACUCCACUGCAUGGGAGAACGCUGAGGGUCUCUACUGGCGCUCUGCAGCAAACACACAAUCCAACAAAUUGUAAUCCAGUUCAGAAAUGCAAGUGACACUCCCUGUACCACUCAGGUUUAAAAUAUUUUAUUUUUGUUAGCGAUUAGGCAUGCUAGCCACCAGCUAGCAAUUAGCGCACCGGUGCUAUGCUCUACCUCAGGGGUCACCAACCUUUUUGAAACCAAGAGCUACUUCUUGGGUACUGAUUAAUGUGAAGGGCACAUUACCAGUUUGAUACACAAAUAAAUUGCCAGAAAUAGCCAAUUUGCUCAAUUUACCUUUAAUAAAUAAAUCUAUAUAUACAUUUUUUAAAAUGAGUAUUUCUGUCUGUCAUUCCGUAGUACAUUUUUUUUUCCUUUUAUGGAAGGUUUUUUGUAGAGAAUAAAUUAUGAAAAACACACUUAAUUGAACGGUUUAAAAGAGGAGAAAACACGAGAAAAAAAUGAAAAUUAAAUUUUGAAACAUAGUUUAUCUUCAAUUUCGACUCUAAAAUUCAAACGAAAAAUAUGGAG